UACAUACAUACAUACAUACAUACAAGCCUCGUCACAGGUACAGGGCGACAUGUCGGACCACCCCCGACUGGUGUGCGAGGUGGAGGAGGGCCCGCCCGAGGCUCGGAGGAAGCGGGUGGUGACGGUGGAGGCAGGCUUUAUGCUCUUUGGUCGCGACAGGGCACGACUCAAGUCACGGGCGGCAAAGGAGCCUGUCCGUCCUGGCUUUGAGGCCCUUGCUGGAGGAGGCGGUGGUGCAUCUAGUGGCGCUCCGCCCACCAUCGACGUCCUCGACUCGCAGACCGUCUCCUCGGUUCAUUUUAAGAUCUGGUACGAGCCGUCGUUGCGGCAGUUCUUUGUCUGCGAUUGCGGCUCGCGGAACGGGACCAAUCUGGCGCCGCCGGCGGGGCAAGAGGCCAUGCGGGACUAUCGGUUUCUUGGAUCGAACAAGACGGCGUCGGAGCAGGCGCCGCUGGCCAUCAUGUCGGCCAUCCGCGCCGCCAACGUCGUCAUUCUGGUCACCAACAUUGUGGGGACAGAGCCGCCGACCCGCCACGAUCUCUCAGAUACUUUCAACUACACCGGCGGAGGAACGAUGACCGAGGACGUGUCCAAGCAGGACAUGGUGAUCCAGGUCCUGCACGGGCCAGGCGAGGGUCAGCAUCAUGUCAUCCAGUACCAUGAGAGCUGCAUCGUCGGCCGCGCCACGCCAGGCACUCAGCCACCGGCGCCGCCGUCAGAUCGCCACAAGCGCAUCACCAUCUACACCGCCUCCAAGUACCUCUCGCGCGAGCACGCGCUCAUCCAGCACUCGUCUGAGCUCGGCUCGCUGCGGCCGGUAGUGGUCAAGGCCACGUCCAAGAACGGCCUUUCGGUCUGCUCGCAGCCGAACCUCUCGGCACUGCAGUCGUUCGAGUCGCUGCCGUGGCAGCCUGUCGCCCGCAAGUCUAUGGCGCGCCUCUCGUUUGGCGACCUUGUCCGCUGUGGCAAAGACACUAUUCUGCUCAUCACCGACCACGCCGGACCGCCGCAGCGGAUGGCGCCUCCUGUCUCGCAGGGCUGCUCAUCGACGUCGAUCACGCUCUCGUGGGACGCCGCCAUCUCGCCCACCGCCGUCAAGGGCUACAUCCUCGCCAUGGCACCCGGGCCGCGAGUGACCGACGAGCCGCCAGCCCAGUUUGCGCGGCUGCUCAACAGGCAAGCCACGUCGCCCGACGACGACGCCUCGCUCGAGUCGGCUUUUGAGCAGGCCUCCAAGCUUGCGCUCUCGUUUGCCAACUCGUACGGCGGCGGCCAGCUUCACACCACCGUCGCCCCACUCGACCCGAAUCGGAUCUACUUUUUCCGCCUCCAGGCCCGCAACGCCGGCGGCGAGUCCUCGUGGUCAGCCGUCGUCGCCUACGCCACCGCCGCCGACGACUCACUCCAUACCUCGCCGCCGCUCCCGGCCUACCUCUCACGCGCGCUCGAUAUUCACAACCGCGCAUCGGGCGUCCCGCUUCAUGCCGCCGACGUCGGCGAAGACACCGACGACGACGAGCCUGAGCCUGUGGCACCCGAGCCGUCGGACGCUGUCGUCCAGAGAGUCUCAGGGACGAUUCGCUGGAAGAAGGGCAAACUCGUCGGGCUCGGCGCUCAGGGCAAGGUCUACGUCGGACAAGAUCUCGACAACCACACGGUCAUGGCGGUUAAGGAGCUCGUGUGCAUGGACGACAAGGUCCAUGAGUCGCGCCUGGCCGAGAUCGAGCGCGAGAUCGACAUGCUCCGCACGCUCGACCACCCCAACAUCGUCAAGUACAUCGGCGUCAACAAGGUUGUGGCCGAUGGCUCCAUCACCCUCCAUCUGUUUCUCGAGUACGUGGCCGGCGGCUCGCUCCAGUCGUUCAUCAAAAAGAUGGACAAGAACGGGCUCGACGAAGCUGCCGCUCAGCUGUACACCAAGCAGAUCCUCAACGGCCUCGCCUACCUCCAUGCCAAGGACAUUGUCCAUCGAGACAUCAAAUCGGCCAACAUCCUGCUCGCCAUCUUUGGCUCGCACCAGGUCUGCAAAAUUGCCGACUUUGGCGCCUCAAAGUCGCUCUCACACCUGGCCGAGUUUGCGUCGGUUGUUGGCACGCCCAACUUUAUGGCGCCCGAGGUCAUCCGCCAGCGCGGUGGCUCGCACAAGUCCGACAUCUGGUCUGUCGGCUGCACCGUCAUCGAGAUGCUCACCGGCUCGCCGCCAUGGUCCGAGUUUGAGCCGCAAGCCGCCAUGUUCCACAUCGGCACCACAAAGACCGGGCCCAAGCUCCCAGACAACAUCUCGCCGGCAUGCGUCGCGUUCUUUGCCCGCUGCUUUGCCUUUGAGCCCGAGGACCGCGCCUCGGCCGCCGAACUGGAGCAGCACGUGUGGAUCGCGCCGCCACGGACGGCCCAGACUCCGGAUGCUGCUUCCGCCGCCGCAGCCGGCUCGUCGGCCCUCUCGCCCGACCGCAGGUACACCCCACUCAUGGCCGACGCCGCCGCCGCCGCUGCUGCUGUUGUCUCGCCCACAGCUGCCGACGGCGCCGACGGCGCCACCGCUCCACUCGGGCCGGACACUGCGUCGUCGCCGUCAGCAGCGUCGGCAGGCACCGGGCCCGCUAAUGGUGCCGGCGACACCGAUACUGAGACCUCCACCUCGGGUCCGCUGGCCGGGCCGUCGGGCCGGGGCGGGCAGGCCACCGGUUCGCGCCGGCAGCGGCUGGUCAUCGACACCGCGGCUGGGAGGGGGAGCCUCGCGCCGGCGCCCAGCUCGCCGUCGUUCAAGAACCGCAAGCAUCGCAUCUCGUGGAGCAACCUCAUGUUCCACAACGAGCCCAUCGGGAAGGGUGGGUUCGGAACGGUGACUCGCGCCGAGUACCUCGGCGUCGACGUGGCGGUCAAGUUCCUGACCAAGAUCGAGAACAUCGACCAGUUCAUGUCCGAGGCCGCGCUCCUCGCCGAGCUCCGCCACCCGAACUGUGUACUGUACAUGGGCGUGUGCGCCAAGGAGGACGAAGACCGCUAUGGCAUUGUCAUGGAGUACCUCGACGGCGGCGACCUCCACGCUGCCAUUCACUCGUCGCGCUCGCCGCCGCUCAACCUCUCCGCGCGAGUCAACAUCCUUGCCGACGUCGCCUCAGGCCUUGUCUACCUGCACGCCAUGGGUGUCGCCCAUCGCGACAUCAAGCUCCGCAACAUCCUGCUCGAUCGCUCGUGCGGCGCCAAGCUCGCUGACUUUGGCCUCUCGACCCCGCAGCAGCACAAGACUGGCGCCACCCUCCGGUACGCCGCGCCCGAGGUGCUCUCCGGCGAGCGCGUUGCCGAUGCCGUCGCAGACGUCUACUCGUUCGGCCUCGUCAUGUACGAGGUCCUCACCGGCACCAAGCCGUUUGCCUUUCUCUCUGAAGCACGCGAUCGCUACCAUGACCUCACCCUCCCGCCCGGUGAGCUCGACGCGUGGGAGGCUAUCGACCCGCUGCCGGAGCUCAUGCGUGCGUGCUGGUCUUUCAACCGUGCCCACCGUCCCUCGAUGAAGGAGCUCUUUACUGCAAUCAAGUCGGUUCGCGACUCGCUUUCUGCUGACGCGCCACAUCCGGCACCGCGCCCCCGCCCGCCCACCCAUGCGCUCAUGGCUCACCAUGUUUGA